AUUCGACUUUCUUGCGUCUUACUCCAUUCUCAUCGAAGCUCUCUCUUUUGUAUUCAGUAGAUUAGGGAAGAUACAAAAAUCGAAGCUCCGCAUCAAUGGCGGCCUCUGCAAUGGUAGUGGAUCCUAAACCGGCGUUAGAGCCGCCGCCAUCGUUCCCCUCCACGAGAUCCGACUUGCAAGGUCUCAGUGAGCAGUACCAAUCUAACGACGAAGACGAUCUCUACAGCCGCCUAAAGUCCCUUCAACGCCAGUUGGAAUUCAUCGAUAUCCAGGAAGAAUACGUCAAGGAUGAACAGAAGAAUCUCAAGCGCGAGCUUCUACGUGCCCAGGAAGAGGUCAAGAGGAUCCAAUCGGUGCCUCUCGUUAUCGGCCAGUUUAUGGAGAUGGUUGAUCAGAACAACGGGAUUGUUGGCUCCACCACCGGCUCCAAUUACUACGUCAGGAUUCUCAGCACCAUCAAUCGCGAGCUUCUGAAGCCCUCCGCUUCCGUUGCCUUGCACCGCCACUCCAAUGCCCUUGUUGACGUUCUACCCCCUGAGGCCGAUUCCAGUAUUUCCCUGCUUAGCCAGUCCGAGAAGCCGGAUGUCACUUAUAAUGAUAUUGGAGGAUGUGACAUUCAGAAACAAGAAAUCCGAGAAGCAGUUGAAUUACCACUUACUCAUCAUGAAUUAUAUAAGCAAAUUGGUAUUGAUCCCCCGCGAGGUGUGUUGCUUUAUGGUCCUCCUGGUACUGGUAAAACUAUGCUAGCUAAGGCUGUUGCUAAUCAUACGACUGCUGCUUUUAUAAGAGUUGUUGGUUCAGAAUUUGUUCAAAAGUAUUUGGGUGAGGGCCCACGCAUGGUUCGUGAUGUCUUCCGUCUUGCCAAGGAGAAUGCUCCUGCCAUUAUCUUUAUUGAUGAGGUAGAUGCUAUAGCUACUGCAAGGUUUGAUGCUCAAACUGGAGCAGACAGAGAAGUUCAGCGUAUCCUCAUGGAGCUCCUCAAUCAGAUGGAUGGGUUUGACCAGACAGUUAAUGUUAAGGUUAUAAUGGCUACUAAUCGAGCAGACACUCUGGACCCAGCACUUUUGCGUCCAGGAAGGCUUGACCGGAAGAUUGAAUUUCCUUUACCUGAUAGGCGACAGAAAAGACUCGUUUUUCAGGUUUGCACUGCUAAAAUGAACUUGAGUGAUGAGGUAGACUUGGAAGACUAUGUCUCUCGACCAGAUAAAAUCAGCGCUGCCGAGAUUUCAGCUAUAUGCCAAGAAGCAGGAAUGCAUGCUGUUCGCAAGAAUCGGUAUGUCAUUCUUCCCAAGGACUUUGAGAAGGGUUACCGAACCAAUGUGAAGAAGCCUGAUACCGACUUCGAAUUCUACAAAUAAUAAGUGUUAUCAAAUUUGCCUAUUCGAUGUCGAUGCUGCUGAAGUAUUGUUACUUCAAAUUGCGUUGCAUGUUUCUGGAGAUAUGGUUUACUGUAACACUUUGUUGAACAAUUAUAGACUUUUAAUGACAAAUGUGCUAUUGUUAAAAUUUUUACACUAUCUAAAUGACCUUCCCUGAGUAGCGGGCCCAUUGUGGUCCCUUGUUGCUACAAAAUGAUCUUAGCUGUUGGCAUACCUUGGAAGGGUUUUAAGUUAGGAAUCUUGAAUUUAAUGGCAUUGAUUAUUGGUUUUUUGUUC